AAUUCUCAGACUUUGUAAUGGUUGAUGAAAAUGGAGCAAGUUGUGUUAAGUCCCACUCUUUGGGUAUCAGAAUCCAAAAGAAGAUUCUUGGUAAGAUGGCUUCCCGCUCCGUUGCAAGACAUUUUAUCGAUGACGAUGCAGGCAAGAUCCUUGACGCAUUGUACGCUUUCUUGAAGGAGGCCAAGUCAGAGGUCGAGGCAAAAAAACUGAUAAAAUGCAUAAUUAAGAUAAUAAUUAAGCUUGGAAUUCUCUAUUCAAACGAAAAGUUGUCACCAAAUGAGAAGCAACUGCUGAAACAGAUGAUUCGAAACUUUUCUAAACUUAUCAUGACCCUAGUUACGUUUUGGGAGGUGGCGUUUUCGUACGACGAGCAGCACCUGGUAACCCAGCUGAGAGCAGUGGAGAACACGAUAAUCACUAUCAUAACCCCUCAUCUUACCAGUAAAUCAGAGAGAAGAGUCAGGUUCGUGUUUACCACCAUGACAGACAGUGUUCUGCUGGGGACCCUAUUCAGACCUCCUCCUGAAGAUACAACCCGUUUCCACAGCCCUUACCUUGAUGUGCUGGCUCCCAUCCUCAGGGACUAUGUGUUCGGGAAGGAUCCUGAAACCUGCUCCCUCCAACACUAAUAAUACUUAGCCCUGUUUGUUAGAGACGAUCAGAAAGGUUCCCCGUUUCAGUGGUGUUAUCUUGAGACGUCUUCAUCUAUAAGUUAGGACGUGUUUGUAUUUACACUGUAUAGACAGGGGACUGUUAUCAGACACAAUCCUUUUUUUCAAUUUCACGGACUAAAUGUUUAAAGUCCGUGACGUCUUUUGUCUGCUGCCACCACUCUUUGUAACAAAUAUUUGUCAAGAACCAAAUUAAUUGGCUGGAUCCGUAUAAGUGUAGCAGUGUAAACUUGCCCCGACUAAAACGGUACAUAUUAAUAAGAUAUUAUGUCAAUCUAAAUCCUGAUUUAGCAGAAGUUUGUAUAAGCUGGAUUGCCCACAAAAAUUUGCUUCCUCCUAUUUUUUUAAUUCUUACUUCCUAAAAGUUCCGAUAAAUCUGUUAGGACGUGUUUAUAUAAUUUACUGGUUCCAACAAUACAAAGUAAUAAAACAGUAAACAUGAACCGGAAUGAGCUUUUCACACGUUUUUAAAACGGGCUAAAUGGAUUAACUAAUUAUGUAGUUUGUUUUUGAUUUGUUUAUUUGCUGUUUAUAUUAAUCGCACGAGCGAUAUAUUUUUAAAUGUGUAAAAAGAUCUGAUGACCUAUGAAAAUUUAAAUUGAUUGUUUUAAUGUUACGUCUGCCAAAUUAUUCAAUUCUAUAUUAUAACUUACACACAAGUAAUUUAUUAUAAUUUAUUUAUGUAUGUUUAACCAAAUUCUCUGACUCUUGCAUGUUUUUAUUGCUUGCUCUAUUCGUUAAAGUAUGCCUUAUGAUGAUUUUAAAUGAUGAUGCCUAAAAUAGUUGAGAAGUAAUAAUUAUAAUAAUAAUUAUAUCAUGUUAAUAUGAAUAUUGUGAUUUUCCUUCAUUUACACUUGCUUGCAGUUUUCGUCUCUGACUUUUGAGGCGUGAUCACAGGCUCGGUACUCACUUUUCAGAUGACUGCUCUGUCAAGAAUAACCACAUUUUGACGCUCAAUGUUUCUAGCUAAAUGUUUUAUAAUGUUUAAUAAUUUAAUGGAUGUUUAAUAUAAUGUUUUAAUUGUUGACACAUUAUAUCUUAUAAAAUUACAUUUGUAACUAAUUUAUUUCAUGUUUGAUUAAAAUUUUG